UGCCACAGUUUUCUAGUGAGUAAAGAGAACAGGAACAGCAAGUAUGAAGGAUCCGAAAGAUCUCAAUGUUGCCAUUAUUGGAGGUGGACUGGUGGGUUCUUUAUGCGCAUGUAUACUGGGCAACCGAGGAAUUCAAGUCAAGCUGUAUGAAUUUCGCGAUGAUAUUCGGCAAAUGGAGGUUGUCCAAGGUCGGAGUAUUAAUUUAGCUCUCUCAGUGAGAGGGCGAUCAGCUCUUCGUUUGGCGGGAUUGGAAGAAGAGAUUAUAGAUAAGCAUGGCAUUCCGAUGAGAGGUCGAAUGAUACAUUCCUUAGAUGGUAAACGGACGCCUGUUCCAUACGAUAGAAAAGGCCAGUGUAUAUAUUCAGUGGGUAGAAGAUUUUUGAAUGAAACUCUUUUGACAGCCGCCGAGAAGAACUCGAACGUGGAAAUCUUUUUCAAGCACAAAUUUUUGGACUGCGAUUUUAAAGAGGGAAAAUACAAAGUCUUAGAGCCUGAUAGUUUAGUUCAAGAAGAUAAAGCUGAUUUAUUAAUUGGUUGCGAUGGAGCUUAUUCUGCUGUUCGGCGUCAGAUGCUUAAAAAACCUCGUUUCAAUUACAGUCAAUUCUACAUUGAACAUGGUUACUUAGAACUUUGUAUUCCUGCUGCUGACAAUGGAGAGUUCGCUAUGGAAAAAAAUUAUCUUCACAUAUGGCCCAGACAUACUUUCAUGCUCAUCGCCUUGCCAAAUCAAGACAAAACAUAUACGGUCACACUCUUUAUGCCUUUUGAAAUGUUCGAUAAACUGACAACGCCAGAGCUACUUCUGCAGUUCUUCUCUGAGCAGUUUCCAGAUGCUGUAACCCUUAUUGGCAGAGAUAAAUUAGUAACUGAUUUCUUUCGAACACCUGCAUCUGCAUUAGUUUCUAUAAAAUGUAAUCCGUACCACAUCGAAGAUAAAGUUUUAAUACUAGGCGAUGCGGCACAUGCCAUGGUUCCUUUCUAUGGCCAAGGAAUGAAUGCA